AUGCUCAGCGCCAUCCUCCGCAGGCUCCAAGGCGGGAACCUGGAAGUCUUCAAGUUCGGCAUCUACAUCCUUUUCCCCAUCGGCUGGAUGUACUACUUCGGCACAAAUCUCGAAGAACGCUUCUCCGUCCCCGGCUACUGGCCCACGAAGGAGCAAUCGCAUAAGAUUCCAAUGGAUCUAGAGGAGAUUGAGAAGGAAUUGACACGCAUGAAUAGGCAGAGGGCGCUGAGGAGAGCGCAGCUGAAAGGGGAGAAUGUCGAGAGUCAGGGUGGAAGUGGGAGUGGGAGUGCCGAGACGGAUUCGUGA